CAUUUUGUAGAAGGAGGAAUGACAUUGAUGGGUGGUGAUCAGGAGGAGCCCCUGUCAUGAAUCCCUCUUCUUCGGUCUCGUCUUCCACAACUUCGUGGAUUUCGAGCUUAGUUCGAGGUCGUUCUGGAAAGUUUGGAAACCCUCAGAUAAAGAACGAUGCCAAUGGGGGAGAUGGUGGUGGUUCCGUCGCUCGCAAGAACCAUUUACGAGGCGUUCUUUUCAAGUAUGGAUCCAAGCCCGCUCAGGUUGCAUUCAAAACAGGCGAGUUCAAGCAACAAGUCAUAUUUGUUGGUGGAUUGACUGAUGGUUUUCUGGCUACUGAGUACUUGCAGCCUCUAUCAAUUGCAUUGGAAAAUGAAAGAUGGUCCUUGGUGCAAUUAUUGCUUUCAUCUUCUUACACUGGAUACGGAACCUCCAGCUUGAAAGAAGAUGCACUGGAGAUUGAUGAGCUGAUUGGUUAUUUCAUCAAUAAGGAAGAUUCUGAGGGAGUGGUGCUACUUGGGCACAGUACUGGCUGUCAGGACAUUGUGUAUUAUAUGCGUACAAAUGCUGCAUGCUCAAGAGCAGUCCGAGCAGCCAUUCUGCAGGCCCCAGUUAGUGACCGGGAAUAUAGAGCAACUCUUCCUGAAACGGCUGAAAUGAUUGACUUGGCUUCUUCCAUGAUACGAGAAGGCAGAGGGAUGGAUUUAAUGCCCAGGGAAGCAAACCCAGAUGCCCCAAUAACUGCCUAUAGGUAUCACUCUCUUUGUGCAUACAUGGGUGAUGAUGACAUGUUCAGUUCAGAUCUUAGUGAUGACCAACUGAGAAUGAGACUUGGGCACCUGGAAACUACACCUUGUCAGGUCAUCUUUUCCAUGGCUGAUGAGUAUGUUCCUGAGUAUGUUGAUAAGAAAGCAUUGGUUGAAAGAUUAUGCAGAGCUUUAGGGGGAGCAGAGAAAGUUGAAAUUGAAUGGGGAAACCAUUCCCUCUCAAACAGGGUCAAAGAAGUAGUAGAGGCCAUUGUAGGCUUUGUGAAAAGAGAGGGACCCAAAGGGUGGGAUGACCCAUGGAGUUAAUGUAAGUUUGCCUCUUUAUCUUUUCUCCAAUUGUGUGCUUCAUUUUCAUUUUCCCCAUGUUAAUCCUGUUAUUCGCAACUAUUUCUGUGUUGCUAUUAUUCCCCCACCUCCCACCCCUUUUUCAUGUUGUAGUACAACGACAGUUUCUUUUGUUUUGUUUAUAUAUCUUUCGAAUGGAAGUUGUUUCCCAGUA